AUGGAGGACUCUGAUUUCCUGUACGUUUACAACUUGGUUCAAGACUAUCUGAGAUAUGUCUGUCUGGAAUCCGAGUCCGGAGCACCCCCCUGCCGGGCCGCUCAAGUCUUACGAAGAGUCGCAUCUUCCCUUCAAGGGGAAGUGGAAGAGAACUUGAGACCCUAUCUGGACAAGCUUGAGAUCUGUUCCCCAGAAAGAGCCAACCAAAUUUUCAUUCAAGCGAUGGCCAACGAAUUUGCAGAUGGAAACACCAACUGGGGACGGAUUGUGACGAUAUUUCUGUUUGGAGGGAUUCUGGCCAGGAAGCUCCAAGAACAAGGAGUUCUUAUGACGGCCGACAACCUCAAGCAGAUUUCUCACUUUAUCACAGACUAUAUCGUCAACACCCAAGCAAAGUGGAUUGUCAAAAAUGGAGGAUGGGACAACGGCUUCGUACCAAAAUUUGAAGACAAAAGUCCCUGGCUGUCUUUACACUGGAUGAAGACCAAAAUCCUGGCUGCCUUCUCCUUCUUCAGUCAAUAUUACUGA